AUGUCGUACGAUUAUCUCUUCAAGUACAUAAUCAUCGGCGACACAGGUGUGGGAAAAUCGUGCCUGCUUCUGCAAUUUACUGAUAAGAGGUUUCAACCAGUCCACGAUCUCACCAUUGGUGUCGAGUUUGGUGCUCGGAUGGUUACCGUCGAUGGACGUCCCAUCAAACUGCAAAUUUGGGACACCGCUGGACAAGAGUCUUUUAGAUCCAUCACCAGAUCAUAUUACAGAGGAGCAGCCGGAGCUUUACUGGUUUACGACAUCACCAGGAGAGAGACGUUCAACCAUCUGGCGAGCUGGUUGGAGGAUGCUCGGCAACAUGCAAAUCCUAACAUGAGUAUUAUGCUGAUCGGGAACAAAUGUGAUCUUGCUCAAAAGAGAGCUGUUAGCAAAGAGGAAGGAGAACAGUUUGCCAAAGAACAUGGACUGCUGUUUCUAGAAGCAUCUGCAAGAACAGCUCAAAACGUUGAGGAGGCCUUCAUAAAGACUGCAGCGAAGAUCCUUCAGAACAUUUCAGAUGGAGUCUUUGAUGUAUCCAAUGAGUCAUCGGGCAUCAAGGUUGGAUAUGGGCGUCCUCAAGGUGCAGCUGGAGGAAGAGAUGGUGCGAUCUCGCAAGGAGGUGGCUGUUGUGGGUAA